GAGCGGCAGACGCCGCUGCGAGAGAUAAAGUAGAAGGCGAGCGGCGGGGCCGGGGGCAGACUCGACAGCCACCGCGAUGGGAAGCAGCUCCCCGCAGCGCCAGCCCAGCUAAAGGCUCCGGAGCGGGACGGCGGCGGCCCCGGCAGCCCGGGCCGGGCAGGGGCAGCGCGGCGGGCGCAGGCGGCGGCCCCGGCUCCGCUCUCGCAGCAGCCGAGCUCGGCUCGCUUCACCCGCCCCCCCAUCCCGCCUCCCUGCGGCCCCCCCGACCCUCCGCCUCUCGCUCGCCUUCUGCAGCCGCGCUCGGAUUUAGGGAUAAAGUGGGAGGAGGAGGCAAAGGGGGGGGGUUGGGGGGUGUCGUCGCUUCCAUUUGUUUAUCCACGGAGGGGUGAAGUCUCCCGGUGGAAAGCGAGCCCGCCGGGGGGCCGGGAGGACGCCGGAGGGAGGGUGGUGGGUGAGUGGCGGCGAGCCCCCGGCAGCGUGGCCUUUUGGGGGGGGCGCUGGGGGGGCGGCGGAGGAGGGCCGGGGCUGGGGCUGGCCGCCGCGGACCUGGCCGUAGAUGACUGCAGAAGCGCAGCAGGCUCUGUCCUCUCAGCCCCCUCCUCCUCCGGUGCAGAGCAGCUACGGCCCCAUGUCCUCCGUGGCUGAGAAGCAGCCGCAGAGCUCGGCCAUGGACGCCGCCUCCGCGGGGACCGGCGGCGCGGCCGGCAGCGCCCCGGGCAGCGGCGGCGCCCCGGGCAGCGCCGGCCCCAAAGCCAAGAAGACGAACGCGGGGAUCCGGCGGCCGGAGAAACCGCCUUAUUCCUACAUCGCCCUCAUCGUCAUGGCUAUCCAGAGCUCUCCCUCCAAACGCCUGACCCUCAGCGAGAUCUACCAGUUCUUGCAGAGCCGCUUCCCUUUCUUCCGAGGCUCCUACCAGGGCUGGAAAAACUCGGUGCGCCACAACCUCUCGCUCAACGAGUGCUUCAUCAAGCUGCCCAAGGGCUUGGGACGGCCGGGCAAGGGCCACUACUGGACCAUCGACCCGGCCAGCGAGUUCAUGUUCGAGGAGGGCUCGUUCCGCCGCCGGCCCCGCGGGUUCCGGAGGAAAUGCCAGGCGCUGAAGCCCAUGUACAGCAUGAUGAACGGGCUCAGCUUCAACCACCUCCCCGACAGCUACGGCUUCCAGGGCUCGGCCGGCGGGCUCUCCUGCCCCCCCAACAGCCUCUCCCUCGAAGGGGGCUUGGGGAUGAUGAACGGGCAUUUGUCCAGCAACGUGGAGGGGAUGGGCCUGGCGGGACACUCCGUGCCCCACCUGCCCGCCAACGGGGGGCACACCUACAUGGGCGGCUGCACCGGCUCCUCGGCCGGGGAAUACCCGCACCACGACAGCUCCGUGCCCGCAUCCCCGCUGCUCCCCGCCGGCGGCGUGAUGGAGCCGCACUCGGUUUACUCCAGCUCGGCCUCGGCGUGGGCGCCCAGCGCCUCGGCGGCUCUCAACACCGGCGCGUCCUACAUCAAGCAGCAGCCCCUCUCGCCCUGCAACCCCACGGCCAACCCGCUCUCCUCCAGCCUCUCCACGCAUUCCCUCGACCAGCCCUACCUGCACCAGAACAGCCACAACACCGCCGACCUCCAAGGCAUCCCGCGGUAUCACUCACAGUCUCCGAGCAUGUGCGACAGAAAGGAAUUCGUCUUCUCUUUCAACGCCAUGGCCUCCUCCUCCAUGCAUUCAGCGGGCAGCGGCUCCUAUUACCACCAACAAGUGACAUACCAGGACAUCAAGCCGUGCGUUAUGUGAGCCGGGACGGGAAAACGCCGCUCCUGGGGCCGGCCAGGCCGGAGGAGGGCGAGGAGCAUCCCCAGGACGCUGUGGGGUGGCACGGGGGUGUCCAGCGGACUGGAGCUGCGGGGAGCGGCGGGACAGCGAGCCGAGCAUCGGCCGGCAGCGCCCGUGCCUUCUUCUGCUCGGGGAGGGCUGCAGGAGAAAGCAAAUCAGCCCCCCCGUCCGUCCCGAAAACCCCGACUGCGAGUUUGGGGUGAGGCUUUGCCAAAUGCCAAAUGAGGUUUUGAUGCUUCUUUAAGAAAAAAAAAAAAUGAAAUUGCAAACUCAUUUUGGGAGUUGGCGGUGAGCGAUGCCACCGGCUCGGCUGAGGGGGCUGGAAAAGCCCCCGAACUCAAAUCCCGUCUCACUUCGAGCCCGGAAAAAUACUUUUUAAAUUUUUUUUUUUUUUUUUUUUUUUUUUUUUUUUUUUUUUUUUUGCCGGCCAACACCCAGCAGGCAAAAAAAUCUCUCAGAGGGAUUUUUUUUUUUUUUUUGGAACUAUUAAUCUUGGAUUUUUUUGCCUGCAUAAAGACUGCAGGAUCAGACCCUAUGCAGAGAGAACAAGGCACUUUGGAAAGAGACAGCCAUGCUCAUCCUGUUAUUUAUUCUACAUUUCUUUUUGUUUGUUGUUGUUGCUAAUAAUCGAGACACGAAUAGUCUCAGUUGAUCAGUAUUAAAUCGGGGAAUCUCUGUUGGCAAUAUUUGCCAUAUAGAUUUGGGUUUUUUUAGUUAACCUUUGUAAAUUUGCAAGCGACCGUGGUCUCUGUGUAAAGACAAUCCUCCAUAUGUUUUUAUAGAAAUAUAUAUAUAAUGAAGGAUUAUUCCCCUCCCUCCCCUCUCUAUUUUUUUUUCGCCCUGACGUUGUACAGUUCGGUGACACCUAUUUUAAUUCUUUCUGCACUGUAUAAAAUUGUAAUUAUGUGGGUUUGGUUUUUUUUUUUUUUUUUUGGGGUUUUUUCGCCUUUUUUUUUUUUUUUUUUGUGUACGUUUUGUCCCUAAAGAAAAAAAAAAUCCCGAAAUAAAACCUGUAUGUUAUUUGUACAUGGGCUUCACGAUUGUAUGAGCAGCAAAUAAACGAGCAUGCGGUGUAAUUAAACUUAAUUAAUGAGGAGUCCGUGGCCUCCGCGAGCGCGGAGGGGCCGCGCAGCCCCGGCCCGGCCCUGCAAACCCUCGGGCAAUAAUUCCCCGUCCCGGCGCAGACUCAAACCCGACUUUUUAGGAUUUUUUUUCACCUUGGCGGAGUCCUGGUUGCCAAUUUCUCCGCUGGGAAAAAUUUCAAUUGAGGAUAUUGAAAUGCAGAAGGAGGAAAAGCGCCGGUGCUUUUUAUUUUUAGCUUUUUAUUAUUAGGAUUAUUCCGGUUUUUUUCCAAGGCGAAAAGCGCUGUUUGACAGCUCUUUGCCUCUCCCUCGAAUUCCAGGCAUGAGGCUGCCAGGAUGGAGCCCGCGGCUGCUUUUUUCCUCCUCCUCCAUCCCGGGAAUUUUCUGGUUCCUUUUUUCCUCCUCCUCCAUCCCGGGAAUUUUCCGGUUCCUUUUUUCCUCCUCCUCCUCCUCCAUCCCGGGAAUUUUCCAAGCCGUGAAUCUAUCAGCAGGAAACUUCCCGCAGGCUUUUACCCGCGUGAAAAAUAAAUUUUAAAAAAUCAUAAAAUUGACGAAAAUUUACCCAAAUUAACUCGAAUUGUUAGGAAUUAAUAAACAGGAAUAAAAAUUAGCCGCACCAUCUCCGUUGUGCACAAGACAGUGAAAAAUCUGCAUUUAAAUAUCGCUAUUUUCCUGCGAAAUUUGGGGGAAUUUGGGCUUAUUCUGGAUCCUCCAGUAUCCAGGAAUUUUUGCUUUAAUUCGUGGGUCAAUCUGUGUCCAUCAAUAUUCAACAUUAACGCCCAUAAAAAAAGAGAUGCAGGCGAAUUAAUCUGAUUAUAUGGAUGUGGAUUUCUGCCUUUAUAGAGGGAAAUUUAAUAACUGCACACUAAUUAGCCCAGCUCGGUGGAAUCAGCCUAAUUAAAAGCCAAGUUCGCUGUAACAAUAAGAGACAAAUUUGUAAUAUUAUUGUAAUUAAGGCAAGGCU